GAAAGACAACAAUACACGAGGUAGAAGAUUGCUUGCAUCAAAUUCAAAGCCAAUGAACAAUGCUACUCCAAGAACUAUAAAUCCACUCCAUUGGAAGGAUAAUGGACAUGAAUCAAUCAUCUCUCUAGGCCCAUUAGCCCAAACACUAAGAAAUUAAAACUCUCGAUUAAACCACCAGCAUCAGAAUUCUAAAAUAUGNNNNAGAGGCUAGCUGUUUUGGUGGGGUGCAAUUACUAUAACACCCCUAACGAGUUGCAUGGCUGCAUAAACGAUGUGCUGGCUAUGAGGGACACACUAGUGAAGCGCUUUGAGUUUGAAGCUGCCAACAUUGAGGUCCUAACCGAUGCACCCGGCUCAUCCUCGCCUUUGCCCACCGGCGCCAACAUCAAGCUGGCGCUGGCUCGCAUGGUCGAUGCAGCCAAAGCUGGGGAUGUUCUGUACUUUCACUACAGUGGACAUGGAACCAGGAUCCCUUCAAAGAAACGUGGCCAUCCAUUCCGCCAAGAGGAAGCAAUUGUGCCUUGUGACUUCAAUCUUAUCACAGAUUUGGAUUUCCGGCAACUGGUGAAUCGGCUGCCGAGUGGCGCGAGCCUCACAAUCCUGUCAGACUCAUGCCACAGCGGCGGCCUAAUCGACAAAGAGAAGGAACAGAUAGGGCCAUCAUCAGUAAUCUCCAAAAGUGAAGCACCGAAAAAUUACACUUACACCCCAAAGACAAUUCCCUUUGAGUCCAUAUUGCAGCACCUUUCAUCGCUAACAAAAAUAAACACCACUGACAUUGGAACACACUUGUUAGAAUCCUUCGGUGAGGAAGCCAGCCUGAGGUUCCGGCUUCCCCUGCCGGAUCCUGAAUUGUCCACACCGCUUCGGGCGGACAACGGCGUUCUGCUGAGUGGCUGCCAGCCUGAUGAGACAUCUGCCGACAUGAGGCCGAACGAAGUGAGCGCAAAGGCUUAUGGUGCAUUCAGCAAUGCCGUUCAGAUGGUUUUGACGGAGAAUCCUGGUACGAUAAGUAACAGAGAAGUUGUGAUUUUAGCUAGGAAGUUGCUUCAAUCACAGGGGUUUCAGCAGCAUCCUUGUCUCUAUUGCAGUGAUGAGAAUGCAAAUGCUACUUUCUUGUGGCAAAGUUAAUUAAAGCUCUGAGAUUGUUAUUGUUGAUUAUUUGAUGUGUGUGUCUGUGUGACUCUUGUUAUUGUUGUGUUAAUUUUUAUUAUUUGGAAUAAGUGAAAACUGAAAAGAACUAUUUAUUCUUUUGGGAAAAUAUAUAUCAACUUGAGUUGUGUGAGACCUGUGCUUUGUUA